UUCUGUGGGUGGAGUUGAGUGACGUCACGCAGCAGCCCUCUGUGCAGAUCUGUGCACCUCUGCGCUAUACGAACACGACCUAUGUGUACCUCGGAAGGCAUCUUUUCCUUAUAUUACACUGUGCAGUAUUGUACUGUACUGCAUUGAUUGUACCGUGCAUUUUAUAGCCAUGCUGAAUAAAGCAGGAUUUUACAGUUAAUUACAACCUGAAUUAGACACACCGACCAUCAAUUUGUCCUGAAAUGGAAGAAUGUCAGGAGAGGAAGUGAAGGUGGAAAGUGCUUGAUUGACAGCGCAUCGGAACCAACAGCAAUCGCUCAAACGCCUGGCAUCCCACCAAUCACAGCGGGGCCCAAGGGAUGGGGGUUUUAACUUGUAUACUUUGAGGAAGUCGGAACGGGUGGUUGUAUUUUUUAUAUUAUUAUUCUUCUUUAAAAAAAAAAAAAAAAAAAAAAAAAGUUUUUAAUAAUAAUAAUUAAAAAAAAAAAACCAAGUCAACCGGAAUGACGUACAUCAUUUAAAAACCAUGGCUCGAACAGGAGAAAUAAUACAUUUGAACGUUGGAGGAAAAAGGUUUAGCACAUCAAGACAGACACUAACGUGGGUCCCCGAUUCCUUCUUUUCAAGUCUUCUGAGUGGCAGGAUCUCCACCUUGAAGGAUGAAACCGGAGCAAUUUUUAUUGACCGGGAUCCCACUGUGUUUGCCACUAUUUUGAACUUCCUUCGCACCAAAGAGCUGCACCCCAGGAACAUCAAUGUUCUCUUGUUGAUGCAUGAAGCUGAGUUCUAUGGAAUCACUCCACUGGUUCGAAAACUUCAGCUGUGUGAUGAGCUGGAGAAGUCGUCUUGUGGGAGUGUCCUGUUCAAUGGUUAUCUACCUCCCCCAGUGUACCCGGCCAAGAGGAUGAACCGGCACAGCGUGGCUGGCCCCCAGUUUGUGAGCGGGCGAUCGGGUUCUAUCGGGAGGGCUCCAGUACGGAGGAGCAACACCAUGCCACCCAACCUGGGGAACGCGGGCAUACUGGGCAGGGCGCUGGAGGAGAGACCCAACGGGCAGUCCUCUGACCCGGGCAUGGUCAGGAUAGUGUGUGGCCACCACAACUGGAUUGCAGUGGCUUACGCCCAGUUUGUGGUUUGUUACAGGGUGAAGGAGUCCUCUGGCUGGCAGCAGGUGUUCACCAGCCCCUGGCUGGAGAGGGUGAUCGACAGGGUGGCACUCAAUGCCAAGGUGAUGGGCGGCUCGCUGGGGGACAAUGACAAGAUGGUCGCCGUGGCGUCCUGCAGCGAGAUCAUCCUGUGGGCGAUCCAGACAGAUGGCAACGGAACUGAGAUCGGGGUGUUCAGCCUGAAUGUACCCGCAGAAGCUCUCUUCUUCGUGGGCAACCAGCUGAUCGCUACCAGCCACACGGGGAAAGUGGGCGUCUGGAACGCAGUGACCAAACACUGGCAGAACCAGGAUGUUGUGCCUAUAAAUAGUUACGACACAGCUGGCUCCUUUCUCCUGUUGGGGUGUAAUAAUGGAUCAAUUUAUUAUAUAGACGUGCAGAAGUUUCCCUUGAGAAUGAAGGACAAUGACCUCCUGGUGACUGAGCUGUACAGGGACCCCUCUGAAGAUGCCAUCACUGCCCUCAGUGUCUACCUCACGCCCAAAACAAGCGACAGUGGGAACUGGAUUGAGAUUGCGUACGGUACCAGCUCUGGAAUGGUCCGUGUGAUUGUGCAGCACCCCGAGACGGUAGGAUCAGGACCACAGCUCUUCCAGACCUUCUCUGUGCACCGCAGCCCUGUCACCAAGAUCAUGCUGUCCGAGAAGCACCUCAUCUCGGUGUGCGCUGACAACAAUCACGUCCGGACCUGGACUGUGACCCGAUUCAGAGGCAUGAUAUCCACCCAGCCCGGCUCCACCCCUCUCACCUCCUUCAAGAUCCUGUCCCUGGAGGACAUUGAUGGGCACGCGGGCUGCAGUGCCGGCAAUGACAUCGGACCGUAUGGAGAGCGCGAUGACCAGCAGGUGUUCAUACAGAAAGUGGUGCCGGACACUGAUAAGGUCUUUGUGCGUCUGUCUUCCAAUGGGAAACGGGUGUGUGAGGUGCGCUCCGUGGAUGGCACGGCUAUUACCUCCUUCAUGGUCCACGAGUGCGAGGGCUCCAGCAGGAUUGGCUCCCGGCCACGCCGAUACCUCUUCACCGGUCACGCCAACGGCAGCAUUCAGAUGUGGGACCUGACCACCGCAAUGAAAAUCGCCGGCAAGACCGAGGUCCAAGAUGUCGGGGGUCCCUCAGAGGAGGAACUGCUUCAGCUGCUGGAUCAGUGUGACCUGGCUCUGACCCGGACGCCGGACAUGAGCCCUGCGACCUCCUUCACUCACUCCGCCACCCCGCGGGCAUCCACCUGCAGCCUUCAGUCUCAGUCCAGCGACUGCUCUCGUGACAGAAGCCCCAGGACCACAGUCCCCCUCCUGGACCACGCGGCCCCACGCCCUGCCCCGCCUGUGCCCUUGAGCAAGCCUCGAGAUCGGUCCUUUGUAGGCAUGGGAGGUGGUCUGGCCCUUCACCCUCACGUCGGCAGCAGCCAAGCCUCUCUGAGCAGUGGUGGCAGCCCCCGCAUCCACAGGGUGCAGCCAGACACGGUCGGCACGGAGGUCCGAUUGAGAGGACCCGAGAGGAGGCUGCCUUCCGAAGAGGAGGCCAAGGCCCAAGGUGUGAGGCGGGGGAGCUUCGUGGAGAGAUGCCAGGAGCUUGCCAAGUCCACGGAUUACAGCCACUUGGAUUCCCGGAGGAGCAUGGUAGCCUCGAGCGAGCUGGAGGCCAGGCUUGGCAUGAGGAGUCCAGGCAGUCUUCCUGCUACCCAGGUGCGGAAAGUGGCGCCCGUGCCAAGCCCAGUGCCAUCACUCAGGGCUCAGCCGCAAACCUCCCCUCGCAGGGUAACUACCUCGACACCCAGUGAAACCAGCGAUGACACCCCCUCCUCCAGCCCCACUCGCCCAGCUUCAAGUUCAGCGUCCCCCAAUCCAGCUAACCAGCAGCCAGCAGCUAGCCCAAAGCCCAAGCUGAACGAAACCUCAUUCUGAAGCCCAGUGCUUCCAUUUGCAAUUCACUUUUUGGAUCAGAUUUACCAGUGCUUCCAUGAUCCACUUUUAUCUUUUUUUUUUUUUUUUUAAAGGAAACUGUAAAAGGUUUUUUACAAGCUGCCCGGCUUAUAAUCAUGGAAUGUAAUUGCAAAAGGGCUUAAUGAAACAAGCAAUAUCUUACGUAUAUUUUAUUUUUUCUGUCUGUCUGUUCUCUGUAUUUGUGUUCCACGCAACACUGCCACGUUGAGACAUUUUUUAGUAGCUAUAAUAUUUCUUGAAUUUAGUUUUUUUUUGUCUUUCCUAGUAGUCUGGUUCAAAUCUAGGAUAAUAGUUUUAUUAAAAACUAAUAUUGGGAUACUGUAAAAAAAAAAAAAAAGCUAUCCUCACUUCACUAAACAAUGAGCCAAAGCAGAUAAUUAAUGAACUAUGCUUGGAUUUUUUUUUUUUUAAA